AUGAUGUUGCCACCUACAUUUUUAAUCAUCUUGAUAACAAUUCUUCAACUCAAAAGUCAGCUCAUUUAUUCAUGCAAUCAUAACGUACCAUGUGGUUGUUCUAACAAAUCUCGAUUGCAUUCAAAAAUCGUCGGUGGACAAAAUGCCAAUAUAGAAACAUGGAGUUGGGUGGUAUCAAUUCGUAUUCGAAAUAGAUUUCGAUGUGCAGGAUCAAUUAUAUCAAGUUCAUGGAUUGUAACAGCUGCCCACUGUUUUGCAAUAGAAAAUCGUUCAGGAAAUAGUGUCUUUCGAAUUAAUGCUACUGAUAUUACAGUUCAUACUGGUUCAAAUAAUCAACAUGAAGAAAAUCAAUUAGGCUCAGUAACUGAUAUUAUUUUUCACCCAAACUUUGAUGAAUCCAAUUUCAUCAAUGAUAUUGCUUUGCUCAAAUUAUCAUUCAGUUUUCAUAUGACUGAUUUAAUUCCAGCCAAGAUAUGUUUGCCGUGUAUGUCUUUGAAUGAGUAUCCACCAGUGGAUUCAUCACUUGUUGCGGUUGGUUGGGGCAGACUCUGGGAAAGAGGCCCGGAAUCUUCGACACUUCAACAAGUAAUAUUGAACGCAAUUGAUUAUCAGGAUUUCAGAUGUUAUCCAUUGGUCUAUGAUCAAACAAAACAAUUCUGUGCUGGUGUUGAAAAUAGUAAAAAAGAUACAUGUCAAGGUGAUUCGGGUGGCCCUCUUAUGAUGUUUACAUCAAGUAAACAGUGGGUUAUUGCUGGUGUGACAUCGUUUGGAUACGGAUGUGCACACCCAGGCUAUUCAGGUGUAUAUACACGUAUAGCAGCUUAUCUAGAUUGGAUUGUUUCUUUCAUCAACGAAACAAGUGAUUCUGUUAAUCCUUACUCAUUAAAAUCGAAUAGUCCAUUUGAUGAUGAUGAAAUUGAAUGGUUAAUGAACAAUUCUUUUCGCCAUUCGAUGUCAUUAUUUUUAUCUAUUGGAGUAUCAAUUUUGUUAUGUCUAAUCAUUACGCAUUUAUAG